AUGGUGAGCUACGAUCACUUGGUCCUGCGCACCUCAGACAUAGUCAGUUGCGUGAAGGCCGGUACGUUGGUCGACUUCCUGUACUGGACUCAGGUCUAUCCCGCAGCCCUCUCCCUGGCCAAUGACAAUUCGCUUUCGAUUCCCGACCACCCGGAGGCCAGGGCUCGACUGGCCCGCGUCAUCACCAAUACCAUGUGCGCCGGCGAGCCCGUGAGCUCGUUCGCGGCGUGCGUGUCCGAUGGCGUCAUAUGCUCCGAUCGCGGUUUGUGCACCACGUCUGGCACGUGCGAGUGCGACGAGGGCUUUGCCGGCAGCCUCUGUGAGACCCUCGCGCCCAACAGCUCGGACAACAUGGGCGUCGUGCUGGGCGCCGUGCUGGGCUCGGUCCUCCCGGUCGCCGUGAUCCUCAUUGUCGUGAUGUGCGUGGCGGCGUUGGUGAUGCGGACGCGGUGGAGGCGCGAGAAGGAGAACGAGUGGGAAAUCGACAUGGAGGAGCUCGAGAUGGCCGAGGAGCUGGGGACCGGCGGGUUCGGCACGGUGCAGAAGGCCGUGUGGAAGGGCACGGAGGUGGCGGUCAAGACGAUCACUUCGGGCAACACCGCCGCCACGCGCGAGCUUGAGCGCAGCUUCAAAGAGGAGGUGCGGAUCAUGACCGCGUUGCGGCAUCCGAACGUGGUGCUGUUCAUGGCGGCGUGCACCAAGCCGCCCAAGAUGUGUAUCGUCAUGGAGUUCAUGGCCCUCGGUUCCCUCUUCGACCUGUUGCAUAACGAGCUGGUGUCGGACAUUCCGCUGCCGCUGCGGAUCAAGAUCGCCUACCACGCGGCCAAGGGCAUGCACUUCCUCCACUCGUCGGGCAUCGUGCACCGCGACCUCAAGUCACUCAAUCUGCUGCUUGACUCCAAGUGGAAUGUCAAGGUGGCGGACUUUGGCCUCACGCAGUCCAAGGAGCAGCUCGCGCGAUACGAGCCCACCUGGCAGGCCGAGGGCAGCCUUCACUGGAUGGCGCCUGAGGUGCUCAACGAGGCGCCGGAGAUUGACUACGCCAUGGCCGACAUUUACAGCUUCGGAAUCGUCCUGUGGGAGCUCCUUACGAGGGAGCAGCCCUACUACGGCAUGACACCGGCGGCAAUUGCGGUGGCGGUGAUUCGGGACAACGCGCGACCGCCGGUGCCCGGUGAGCAAGAGCUGACGGAGGCCGCGGUGCCGGCCGAGUACGUCGAACUCAUGCGGAAUGCUUGGCAUGCGGACCCUGCCAUUCGCCCCUCGUUCUUGGAGGUCAUGACGAGGCUGAGCGCGAUGGGCGACAACGGUGGCUGGCUGAGCUCCGUGACCUCGUCCUCCAGCAUGAGCUCUCACGACCGCUCGGGCGCCUCGUCGUCGGAUAGCGUCUCAAACCCCAAGGACUUUGGCGCAGCAUCAUGGGACGGGUUCGACGCGGCGGUCAUGCGCGAUGCCACGCUGCUCCACAAUGGGCUCCUUCGCGACUUGCUCAAGAAUCACCACGGCUACGAGGUCAUUUUCAUCCGGGAUAGGACGAGCGGGGAGGGCUCCUUCUGCAUGGCGUUCGCGAGCAUGCUCGACGCAGUCGAAUGGAGCAUGGAUGUGCAGCGAUCGCUCAUGGAAGUGGAGUGGCCCAAGGCGCUGCUCGAACACCCGGGCGCCGCCGAGGAGUGGGACGACAUCCACGAACGGCCGGGGCUGAUGUUCAAGGGGCUGCGGGUGCGAAUGGGCGUGCAUGUGGGCAACCCGCGCGUGAUACGUGACCCGAAGACGCGGCGGGUGGAGUACAUUGGGCCGGUGGUCAACGCUGCAGCCCGCAUCACGGCCAUCACCCACGGUGGACAGAUCGUGAUGUCUCGGGAGGCCAAGCUGAAGCUCAACGGCAGCGCACUUGCCGACGAACACGCUCGGUUCAUCAACCUGGGCAAGUUCGAGAUGCCCGACAAUCCGGCAGGCUCCACGCUCUUCGAGGUCAAGACGCGCGGCCUCGAGUCACGCUACUUUGCGGACACGCCGCUGGUUCCCGAGGUCCAGGCAGGCAGCGACGACGAGGCACGCUCGCUACAGUCGGUUCCAUCGGGCCUCCACCAGAGCGUCCGCUCAGGCGAAAUGGAUCAGCAGCUUCACAUCGUGGGUGAGGGGAUGACAUUCAAGGAGGACAACUUCCUCAUGUCGGCCAACCUCUGCCGCUGGGUCAUCGACUAUCAUGAUAUUUCGAUCGGCAAACAGGCACGUGCUGAGAUUGCUGGCGAAUGGACGUUAUCUGACGAUCUACGGUGUGGUGUUGGCUUGCGUUUGCAGGUGGGGCUGGGCUCAUACGGCACGGUGUAUGUCGGCCGGUGGAAAGGGGUCGAGGUGGCUGUCAAGCGGUUCAUCAAGCAACAGCUCGACGAGCGGCGCCUGCUUGAGUUCCGCGCCGAGAUGGCGUUCCUGUCGGAACUGCACCAUCCGAACAUCGUGCUCUUCAUCGGGGCGUGCGUGAAGCGGCCCAACCUGUGCAUCGUUACUGAGUUCGUCAAACAGGGCGCCCUCAAGCAGGUCCUUGCAGACUCGGCCGUCCGGCUGGCGUGGCCACGGCGCCUGAGGCUGCUCCGAUCGGCGGCCCCCUCGAACCUGCUGGUGGACGAGGAGUGGAACGUAAAGGUGGCCGACUUUGGGUUCGCACGCAUCAAGGAGGAGAACGCCACCAUGACGCGCUGCGGCACGCCCUGCUGGACUGAGGUACUCGGAGAAGGCCGACGUGUACUCGUUCGGCAUUAUCGUGUGGGAGAUGGUCACGCGCAAGGCACCGUUUGCUGGGCGCAACUUCAUGGGCGUCACGCUUGA